ACGAGUGGAAGUUUUACAGCCUUUAGUUUAGUCACAGAUAGCCUUUCUACUUUUACAACUUACAAGAUGUAUUAAUCUUUAUUUAUAUUGCAACUUCGAGGUUAAUAAUAUAUGUCAGUCUAACUGCAAGUUUUGAUAAGAAUAUAAAGUGAAGGUCUGAUGGAAGUGUUAAAGGUGAAAGUUGAACCUUUUUCUGGUGAAGAGCAGAAUUCUUUGUUGGAUAUCAAAAUGGUGAAAAAUGAAGUAGAAACUUUUUCCAUAACUAAUAAUAUAAAGACUGAUGAGAACAUCUGUUGUGGAAGUCUGUUUCCUGAUCACGUUUCAAAACAAGAAAAUCCACUUACUGAAGUUGUCAACUCCCCAAAAUCAAACAGUGGUGUGUGUGGAAAAACAUAUUUAAGUUCAAGUAACCUAAGUCGGUCUAACAUAGUUCAUGAUGGUGACAAACCAUACAGUUGUGAAUAUUGUGGAAAACAAUAUGAAACAAAUUGCAGAUUAAAAAUACAUCAUAGAAUACACACUGGAGAGAAGCCAUAUAGUUGUGCAGCUUGUGGAAUAUCAUUUCGAACAAAUAGUGAAUUAAAAAUACAUCAGAUAAUACAUACUGGAGAGAAAUUACACAGUUGUGCAGUUUGUGGAAAACAUUUUCUAACAAAAUGGAAACUAAAACAUCAUGAGAAGAUACACACUGGGGAGAAACCAUAUAGCUGUGUAGCGUGUGGCAAAAAAUUUAUAUCAAACUAUGACAUAAAAAUGCAUGAGAGAGUACACACUGGGGAGAAACCAUACAAUUGCCUAGUGUGUGGCAAAAGAUUUAAGUAUAGUUCUACAGUAAAUAUACAUAUGAGAAUACACACUGGGGAGAAACCAUACAGUUGUAUAAUAUGUGGCAAAAAAUUUAGAACAAGUGGUGAACUGAAAUAUCAUGAAAGGAUACACACUGGGGAGAAACUACACAUUUGUGUAGUGUGUGGCAAAGAAUUUGUAACAAGUAGAGAACUGAAAAGUCAUGAAGGAGUACACGCUGAUGAGAAACCAUACAUCUGUGUAGUAUGUGGAAAAGACUUUCAAAUAAUGGGUAGCCUAAAAAUACAUGAAACAAGACACACUGGGGAGAAACCAUACAGUUGUCUAGUGUGUGGCAAAAAUUUUAAAACAAGUGGUGAUCUUAAAAUUCAUGAGAAAAUACAUAGUGGGCAGAAACCAUUCAGCUGUCUAGUUUGUAGCAAAAAGUUUAUAUCAAGUGGUAAUCUUAAAAGGCAUGAGAGAGUACACACUGGAGAGAAACCAUACGUAUGUGAAGUGUGUGGCAAAGAAUUUGGAACAAUGGGUAGCCUAAAAAGACAUGAGACAGUACACACUGGAGAGAAACCGUACAGUUGUAUAACAUGUAGUAAAGAUUUUGUAACAAAGGCAAACCUAAAACAACAUGAGAAAAUACACACUGGGGAGAAACCAUACAGUUGUGUGGUUUGUUUCAAAAAAUUUAGAACAAAUAGUUAUCUAAAACAACAUGGGAAGAUUCACACUCAGAAAAAACUAUAUGGUUGUGAUGUUUGUGGAAAAAAGUUUGAAAUAAAACUUCAACUAAAGAAACAUGAGAAGAUUCACAGUGUGGGUGGUAAUGAUGCAGUAUUGUAGUGGGUGGCAAAGAAUUUAGAACAAAGAGUUACCUGAAUUAACAUGGAAAGAGACCUUAAAGUUGUCAGGGGUAUAGUAAGGGGAAAGGAUUUUUAAAUCUGGAAUGGCACAUUCUGGUGACUUUUUAUUGCAUAUAUAAUCUAUUGAGAAUUUAAUACACAGGCUACAUAAAGUAUUGUUAAAAUUUGCAUUUUGAUCACUGGCUUUUUUUUUUUUGAGAAAACAAUCAGUGUUGAGAGGCCUUUUUGAAAUCCUGGCAAACAUGUUGUUCACUUGUUUUGCAUUGAUUUCUGUGACAGAAACAGCUAUGAGUAGUGUCACAAUGAAAAUUUGACAGUUUUUUGUGUCUCCAUGGUCAGUGGAAAGAUCUAUUCUGAAAGCAGACAGAAAGAUAUUGAAAGCAUCUGCUCUUGUUGCUCAUGUGGUUUUGCACAAAGACUGUAUUUUUCCAUCUCUUCAUGCCUGAUAGGAUCGCUGUUAAGAUUUUUAUGAAAAUUUAACAGAUGUUUUACUGAAUAAUUCAAAACCAACCCAAUCUUUUGCAUGGUUUUCAUCAAGUUUCAUGCAUAUGGCUUUUGUGACACAUGGAUGAUACCAAGGUUGAGGUAAUGAGCCUUGUACUACUCAUAAACUGCUCUAAGAAAGAUUUUCCUCACUCGGGCUUGAACGCCCCUAUCUUUAUACCCCAGACACAGGCACUGUCAUAUCCCUGGUCUCUCAUUUUGUUUAUGUUGACACCUGCAUUACAUAUCUGUGAUAGAAAGAAACCUGUAAAGCCUCGUCCAUAGUUGAAUAUCUCUCUGUAAAAACAGGAAAUCUUCUAGCAUUUGGUUUUCACCCAUGUUAAAAGUAUCGAACACAGGGCCAUCUGACCAGUAGUUGCUGCAUCAGUUACCUCAUCAAUCCAAAAUGAUAGGUGUGAUUGAUGCCAAAAUGAUGCAUUUCUUAAUCAUGUUUUCACAAAUUCUAAUCAUCUCGUUCUGUAUAUUUGGAAAUGUGUACUUUGAGAAUCAAAUGAUCUAUAAAAAUUGGCUUGUGUCUUGAUAAUUAAACAAAAAUUGCUGAAACUUUCUUUGUGUAACCUAUGGGCUUAUUUCUAUUUGCUACAUAAAACUACAGUGUCAACAGUACUUUAAAGUACCUGUCAGUUUUUUUCUACAACAAUGCAUACAUUGCCUUUGUUCUUACCUGUCCU